AUGAUAUGUUACAAGUACGAAGAUUGUGGUCCUCCACUUCAGUGCCUGCCGAGAUCAGCAUUCAAACGCAAUGGUUUGCAAGAUUGCCAGUAUUUCCAGCAAGGGUCCAUACGCUAUUUAUGCAGAGAUGGUCCUGGUUGUCCGAAGCCUUGUCCUCCGCCCUGUCCGCCGUGUGUUCGCCGCCCACCACCCGGAAAAACCUACAAAGGCCGAUCAAGUGAUGCAACACCUCAGGAGGAGAGUAGCGAUGAAAAAAAGAAUGAAAAGGAAAACCAGCUCAAACGAACAAAAAGCCGCGAACUUCGUGGUGGGAUAAUGUAUUACAGCUGUCAUUGUAUUAAACGUAACGGGCUACAACAUGAUUGUAGACGAACUGGUUGUGGCGGAGAGCCAUCAUGUCUAGUUCUUCCUGAUCCUUUAUGUGCCCCUAGUCAGUUAGCUCGCGCACGAGGCCUGGCAGACCCCGCGCCCUUGGCAGCACAUUACCGAGCGCAAGGUGGAGGAGCUGGCCCUUCAAAUGACUCUAGUGGAGCUGCCGGUGGUGGAAAACGAUUCAUUGUUUGUGAAUUGAAAGGCAUAGUUCCGGACUCACAAGCAGAUAAAACGACCAAGUGCUGUUGUUCUUCAAAAGGAAACGCGAUGCAAAGUGCCAAUCCGGAGACUGCGGCAGGCCUGCCGGUCUUAGUAAUGAAGUUGUGUUAA